GAUGACAAGAGAAGAAAGGCAGCGAGCGUGGUGGUGAACUGACUCACUGUUACUGCAGCCUCGCACCUGCUAGCAGCCAAUAACAAUACGCUCAGAGGGGCUACCAGUCUUCCCAUUCAGCAUGCUGCUGCACUGGACUUUGUUGACGGUGUUACCGUGCCUCGUGACUUCUGCCUCCAUGGGCGAAUUCUUGCCACCGAGAACUUCAGAAAGAGACGCAUCGCCUGCUGAAGACCCCCCACCCACGAUGUUUAAAUAUCGGAGGUUAAUACCAAGCAUUGAGCGUCUUUACACACGAGAAUAUGAGAGUAAUGACGGCGAUAAUAUUGUGAGCGAUGAACCGUCUUAUCGGUACUUGGGUGAGGCGACGGGCAAAGAAAAGUCAGGCAGCCAUCAGGCACUUACUGCCCGGAGACGUAACUUGAACAACGCCGCUUUCACCGUGCAACUAAACAGCAGGUUACGGCGAGAUACGCACCGUCACGAUCACAGGAAGUCACAUGGAAACCUACGUCGUCACAAAGCGUUUAAUUUUCCAUCUGACGAAUCAGAGGCGGGCGCAAGACGUCGCGAAAAGCGAGAUACUUCUUCGCCAGCAGUGGACGCCGUAGAUGAGAACCCUGCACAGUGGAGGAGAUUUGAUAACGCGAAACCUCAGUUUGUGACAUCACGAACGCAACAAGCGACAGGAACUCGUAGUUAUUACUCAGGCGUUCCUCAGCACAGGACCAGCCACACCGUUGAUGAGAACGACGUUCAUAAUAUGAGGUACAACGAGAUCCCCACCAAGCAGAUAGAACAAUCUCGAUAUUCGAGUGAUUACGUCCGGGAACCUGUAGACUAUCGGCAUGAAGGAGAGCCUCCCAGAAGGAUCAUCUACUACGCAAACCUUCCCGAAAUAACUCGUAGCAGACCAGCAGAUAUCGAUUACCGGCGUGAGAGACCACGAUACGAUGAGCGAUAUGAAUAUGGCAGGUCAUAUAACAAGUACCCUCGCGAAAGUCGAUAUGAGGACAGUCCUAUAGGGCCACCGUCUGGUCGAGAAGCCCCAUAUCGUUACCGUCAACCCGGAAACGGUGGCAACAGCUACUCCAUCAUCGAUGCAGAAAGGCAUCCCUCCCAAAACGCGUGGCCACCAACUCCCUACCAGCAAUACAGAGACCCUGACGGUGUGUCCAGAUACAACCGGAUUCCCGCACCUUAUCAACAACCCCAAACUGGAGAGAGGUACGCAUAUGAUCAGCGGCGCGGACCUCCUCCUCCUCCUCCUGCGGAUGGACCUAACGCAGCGCUACAUCCGUCACGGUACCAUCAGUACGGACGCACCGGAAAUACGCCCCGCAAUCAGCUGACUGUCAUACCUUCGAAUCCUGUCGUAGGAGACGAACGAUAUCGAGAUUAUAACCCCCGACAGCCAGCACCCUGGUCGCUGCAGAUAGGCACCAAGCUGACGGUGAAAGACGACGGCAGGCAAAUGCCAUCUCCAGGAGGCAAAAGAUUCUACGUACAGAGCCAGCAGGGAUAUCUGAGGUCCGAAGACGACCAAGACACACGGCAGAUUUAGUAUAAGACAUGUCACGUGCAAAUGUUACUUACUACACUAAAUAAAACGCUUCGGAACACAACAGUGUUGUUAACACGUGUUGCAGAACAGCUGUGCACUUAAUAAUGCAGUACACGCUCCUUAAGAAAUCGUAAGAAAUUUGUCCUAACUAAAAAAAACAGCCUUGAGGUUAUGAAGUUCAUUUAAUGUCCUUUAUGUAUCGUAAAUUUCGGUAUCCUUAACAAAUUUUAUCAUAUAGUAAAAACCGUAUAAUUUUUACUGAACUGAAAUGUAUAUUUUGUCUUAUUUGAAAUUAUUGCAUCUGGGAUAAUAUGCUAUAUUCAGAAUAUAAAAAUUGAGUCAUUACAAAUGAACAACUGUGAACACGCAUACAUAAUUGCAGUCUAUUGGUCAGAUUGCAUGGAAAUGCAAUCUCAUUUUGAAAAUUAGGUUACUUUGUGUUUCCUUUAAUGUUAUAAUAUUACGACGUGUAACACAUAAAGGCAAAUCUUUCUAAACCCUGGCUCCUCUCUAUGUUAAACUCAUGUCUCAGCGUAUCUCACGUGUGUGUUGGGACUAUUAGAACAAUGUUUUGAUCCAUCAGUUUGCAAUUUAUACCUGUAGCAAUCACAGAAGCUUACAAAAGGCGAACUUAACCGUUAAAACCCGUAGAAAGUUCAGAAAAAUAACAUUUUCAUGUUUGAUGUUGUAUGUACUCAAAUCCAAUCAUACAUUUCAUCUUCUUCAAAACAUGUGACUAUGUUCAUAAAAAUGCACACAUUUUAAAAUUAUUUAUGAACUUAUAACUAAUAUUUUUAAGUAAAUAUAUGUCUAUAUUUUAAGUUUAAUUUUGUGUUUAUAGUUAUAGUAGGUGUAGGUAAAUAUGCAGCAUACAAAUGGGUAAACACAGAGCAUGUUUCAGUAUCGCUGAAUUUAUAAUAGGUGUUCGGAAACUUGUGAUCUCUCCAAUAUUAUUCAUAUAUCGUUUGUUUCAACGGUGUAACAUCUGCUUACUUUUAUCAAAAGAGAUGCGUGAAUUUCUUAACACUUAUUUCAUUUGUGUAUUGGCGUUACUGUAUACAAGAUUGAUUGUUUAUUGAAUAUUUACUUUUACAUAAAUGAAUGCAACAGAGUAUGACGUGUACCGUUUAAUUUUUAAAUAAAUGAUAUUUGAUGAUUUUUAAA